AUGUACAACAGCAACGAUGAUGAGGAGGAGAACUACUCGAGGAAUAGAAGAAGCAACUCGUCAGACAGUGGGAACGGAGACGGAAAUGGGAUGCUAAACGACCCGAUAAAUACUUACAACCAUUACAAUAACUUUAAUCGGUUUCAUGAACAAAAUAUGCAAGCAUGCAAAAUUGAUGAAAUAUAUGUAGAUGAUAGUUAUGACGAAAAUAAUAGUUACAGUCAGAAAGGAGAAAAACUAACGGACAAUAACCAUUUCGAAGUAAAUAAAAAUGUAUGCUUCGAUGGACCAUACAGUCAUAAAAAUCUGAGGGAAGUUACAGAAAAUGAAAUCGAGUUAGUGGUAGAUAAUUUUUUCGAUCGAAUUAGAAAUAAUGAGGAUGUGUAUUCGGAAUGGAAAGUAUGUCCCAAUUUUAUUUUUCGACUUUUAUUUAUUGCAAAGUCGAGAUCGAAUAAUUAUAUGUACCCAGUAGCAUCAUCCUUUAUUGAAGCCAUUGCAAAGGAUGAUUGGGUUCCUGAUUGGGGAUUCAGUAGUGUGCAGUACUAUAUAAUUUUAAUCAACUUAGCAGAUUAUAGAAAAUCGUACUACAAAAUCGAUCACUUUAGUUUUUCUCAUUUGAAUACUGAUCGAGGUUGGCACAAUUUUGUUCCCUUUGAAAAAUUAAGGGAGCCAGGAUUUAUCAACGAAAAUGGGCAAAUCGUUUUAAGGGCUGGCGUGUUCCCUUUCGGUUCUGAAUCUUUUAAAAACAGCAGAGAUAUAAACUAUGAUAGUAAAUCCAGGACAGGAUUUGUUGGUCUCAAAAAUCAUGGAGCGACCUGCUAUAUGAAUGCUCUCCUUCAACUCCUGUAUCAUAUUAAUAUUUUUCGGAAAGCUGUUUGUAUGAUGAUUUUUAAUAUAGAGAAUAUUAUUGGUGAAAAAACUUUAGAGUUUUUUAAAAAAAAAUUUGAGAAAAAAAAACGGAGGAAAAAUUUGGGCCUCACUAAUGACAAGAGUUGCACCACCCAGAUGAUCGUUGACGGUGGGGAGGUGGACUCAAAGAACGCGAAGAAUCGAAAGAAGAAAAAGACAAAGUUUGAAAGAGUAGACAGUUCCGAUUCGGAACACUUCAAGGGGACUUCCCCCAUGAGGAUGGUGCCCUACACGCCUAGCGACAACAAUGGGGAGGAAGGCAAUUGUGAUGGAGAGGGCCACAUACCCCAGGGGGACGAACAUAAACGGGAUGGGGUUCAGCACGAUAUCCGAAUCCAAAACGGAGCUUUUGGAGAACCGGAAGUCAUCGCAGACCCUGAUGAAUCCCAGUUGUACGAAAUGGGAAAACAUAAUCACAACAUCCGAGUAAAGAAUGACAUGAAGAAUGCGGACUUGCGGAUGAAUCAUCUAAGCAGAAGCGACGACAACGAUAAUGGCAGCAGCACGACUGGUCAGCUUAGACACUCAAAUGAAGACCCCUUGGGGCCAGCGCAUAAUGCAGCCCUAGGGGAUGGGUCCCCCUUCAGUGGGUCCCCUCUAAUGGAACGUCCAUAUGACCACCUCCAUCAGCUGCAAGCGGAUAAAGUAGAAAACGUAAAAGAGAAAAAAACGAUUAGCGAAUACCAGCAGAUGUAUGCCCCCCAUGAACACGUAAGCAACAACGAUGGGGAAGAAACACAGGAAGGGGCAACGUAUCGACCCACCAACGUUGUAAAUAUUGGUCGAAUCAGCAGCAACGACAUUGCCAAAAUUACCAACGUCCCUAACGUCGGGGCUAACGAGUACGAAAUAAAGAACAAUAAAAAGCAUGCCUAUGUUCAUAAUUCGUCAUCUGACCCGUCUAUAGACACAGGAGGGAUGCAAAACAAUGUAAGCAACAACGAUAGCGGAGAGGUGUACUAUGACAACUCUGUGUACAAAAGUGAAGGGUACAACAACGAAAUGGUGAUGACAAUGAAUUGUAAGAAGAACAAAAAAAAAGGAAUGGUCUCGUCUGAUAACUUGUCCAACAUUUCGACCCUGUCCAAGGAGAAGAAGAAAAAAAAGUUUGCUUCUAACAACAAUUUUCAUUUAACGCCAAGUGGUAGCGUGAAGAAGGAAAAUGACAGCUCGGUGAAUAAUGCCGUGGGUCACUCUGAGGGGGAAGAAGGCCCCGUGCCGCGGGAUGGAGAAUCCUCUCCCAUGGGUGCUCUCCAUGGCUCGGGUGCUGAAGAGGACGGAGGCGUGGAUGGUAGCGCCGAUGAAGACUCUGAUGCAGAUGAUCACCACAAUGAAAGGAGUGGUAAUGCCCUGAGGGGAGACGAGGAUGACUCCUACUCAGACAGCGACAUGUCAGUUCUGUCCAUCACCUCCUCUGGGUCAUCGUCCUAUGUGUCCUGCUCCUCAGCCUCCUCCUCGUACUACCACAAAAAUAAAAGGAAAACAAAAUAUGAUAAGUCGAAAGAAAUAGAUUACAAGAACAUCCUCCUGGAAGAAGAAAAUGAAAAGAAGAAUAUCCUCCCAACAUCAUUGGCGUUACAAAAUUUGUUUUACAAAUUGCAUUGCAUGAAUGAAGCUGUGUCAUGUAAAGAGCUCAUAAGAUCCUUUGGAUGGGAUGCAAGUGAUGUGUUCACUCAACAGGAUACACACGAGUUGCUGAAGUUGUUACUAGACAAAGUGGAAGAACAAAUGAAGGGAACGGUAGUCGAAGGGUCGGUAAAAAAAAUGUUCGAAGGAGAAGUAGAAACUUACAUAGAAUGUCUAGACAUAGAUUACAAGAGUGUCAGAAAAGAGACCUAUGAAGAUAUUCAGCUGGAUGUACAAGGCUGCAACAAUAUUUAUGAAUCUCUGGACAAAGCAAUCGAGGCAGAAGUCCUGGAAGGAGAUAAUAUUUACGAAACGGAUGGGUACGGAAAACAGAAAGCUAAAAAAGGGAUGAGGUUUUUAAGCUUCCCAAAUAUUUGUAUAUUUCUGCUGAAAAGAUUCACAUUCGAUCUCCAACGAAUGGAAACGGUGAAGCUUAAUAAUCGAUUCGAAUUUUACAAAGAGUUGGAUCUCUCCAAGUAUUGCCAAAGUGGAGGAGAGUAUGUCCUACAGGCUGUUUCAGUACACCAAGGGAAUAUGAACAGUGGACACUACUACUCCUUUAGCUAUAAGCACAACGAAAAUUUUUGGCUCAAAUGUGAUGAUGACAAAAUAUUUCGUGUAAGUGAGUACUCAGUCAUUAACGACAACUUCGGUGGGUACGACAUCAAUAUGGAGAGUGACCUCUACGACUUUGACAUCGCAGAUAAAAUCAAACAGAGGAUGAAACACUACAGUGCUUAUAUGCUGGUCUAUGUAAAAAAAUCGCUCAUCCCCAAGCUUAUUAAAGAGUGUGACCCAGCGGUGGUUAAUCCACAGGUUGUCAAGAGAUGCAGGAUGGAAGAAAUUAUUAACAGAAGGAGGACCAAACUGAAACAAGAAAUAUUACAAUAUGUAAAAAUUAGAGUCUUCGAUAAGUACUCCUAUCUGUACAAAUCGUUCAGUGACCUCCCCCCAGUUGGCAUCCCCUCUCUUUUUAACAUCAAAUUUGAUAGGAACAAAACCGUUUUGGAGACCUUCUGUAAAAUUUUGAAAAUCAUAAAGAAGAUUUACCUCUGCAAGAGGAAGAAGCGCGAGGGUUAUCUGUUGAGGAAGUCCAGGAAGCUGAAGAUGGAGAGGGUGGAAAAGGCGGAGGAGCUCGAGAAGGUGUCGAGUCAGAGGGACAAUCGCCCCAUGAGGGAUCACUCCACGUCUGUGUUACUCAAAUCGGAAGUGCCAGCAGACGGUGGGGAUCCCUACCGUCAAGCUCUCGUGGGUGAACACUUCCAACGCGGGAGGACUCCCAAGGAAGAACGUGACAAAGCGGGAGCGAUAUCCAGCCGGAGCGACCGAGGAAGUAGUGAUGGAAAUGGAUACAGUCGAACCGAACAUGCAACAUCACGGGGGAAGAAAACGCACGAAAAUGAGUGGAACGAGUGCAUCCAGGAGAAGGGCACCCGAAGGGACGCGUCGAAAAAGGGGGUGAGUAAACGCGGAUUGAACGCAGAGUGUACUAGCCCCGAAGAGGGGCCAUUGGACCUAAAUGACCCGUGUGACAACCCACCCGAGGAGCUUCCUCCACAACACAGCUCUGCGGAGGAUUCCUUGUCUACCGUAUCUUCAGUCCCCUCAUGUUGCAGCACAAAGUCGAUUGAUAAAUACAUUAAAUAUUUAUCCAAAAGGAAGAAUGAAAGGUCGAAGAGGAGAUCAUCCCACGUGAACAACUCCAGAAUGAAAAAUUUUUCUUCAUCAAAUAAUUCGUCGUACUACUCCUCUUCGUAUUCUUCCCAUUCAGGGGAGGACUCCUACUCUUCCGCCUCCUCCUCAUCAUCGAAUGGUUAUGUAAAGGAGAAAAAGUGUUUCUACGUGUUGCUGCCCACCAAUGAUGUGUAUCGUUACUUCCCCCUAGACAUGAAGAUCAACAGUCAACUGUACCUCUACGAAUUGCUAAAAAAAACGAACAAGGAAUCCAACGAUCUGUUCCCAACUAUAGACAUACUAUAUUUGCCCUAUAAUAAAAAAACGUCUAUUCGAAAAAACAAUUCGAAUACCAAAAAUAAAAACGUUUUGUUUUUUUUUAAAUAUUUUGAUAUCUACGCGGAAGAAAAGAUAGGUGAUACGUCCCUCAUUUGUCUGGACCUCAUGUACUGCGAUGUGUACCUCAAGCCCAAGGAGUUAGAAUCCAGGAUUAUCCAAAAAAUUCUCAAGGCAAUGAAAAAGGGUUACAUUACUAGCUAUAAUUAUGACUUAUGGAGGAGUUACCUCAAUGAAGAAGAAGAAUACUACUACGUAGACGACCCUCUGAAUUUUAAAAUAUUUAUUGAAUAUAAAAAUAAAUGUAAUUUAAUAAAAUCCAAAAAAAUUAUUGCUCAUAAUAAGAUGGUCCCGGGGGACAUUCUCAUCUUUAACUUCUUAAGUAACGCAGAAUUGGAAAAGAAAAAAAAUUUUAUCGUUCGUUUGGGCACAAGGAAGGAGGAUCUUUUUCUCACCGACGAGAACCAAGUCACCUAUGAUCUCUUUUUUAAUGCUGACAUAUUGAGUAAAAUUUUGUACAGGAAGAAAAAACUCAUUGAAAAAAUGCACAACUGUUGCUACAUUGUUAGCAAUAAGAAUGGUGUUUACUAUAAGGUAUCUACCUGCGCGUCGGAUUCCGGUGAUUGUGUCUUCCCCGUCAUGUCAAACAUCGGAGUUUCCAACCCGAACGGGGAACCCAUCGACGGUGAACUUUGUCAAAAGGACCUUCUCAAUGAUGACUACUUUGUGAAUGGAACGAGUUCUUCUAAUCUGAGGAAGAAGAAAACGAAAAAGGAGACGGCAUCCGAAAUGGCGGUUCAGCUAGAUGGCAACAUCGAUUUUGCCGCUCCGAGUCGUAUGCAGCAGGAGAAUUACUUCGCUUACGGGGAGGCAGAAGAAGAGGACGUGGUGGGAGUGGCGGGAUCUACGAGAGCAACGAUGGCAGCGGAAGAGGAGCACUCACGCAAGACUCAACUAGGAUCCGACAGAACGAAAGACCCCUCCCGCUUGGGUCAAAAGGACGGAUCCAAGGCGAACGGCCCAAAUGGCACAAGCUUGAAUUUCUACCUCCCAAUGGAGAAGGACCCUCUGCAGGGAGUCAACCCAGCGCUCCAUGCAGAUCGUGAAGAGGACAAAGAGGGUGAAGAGGAUGCCAGCCGAGCAAGCGCAGCAAACCGAGCAAACCGAGCAAACCGUGCAAACCAUGCAAACCACGCAAAUUACCCACACCGUGAGGACCCCCACCAGCCGCUGAUCAUAGACGAUAUGAAGGACAACACCCACGUAAUGGACGAACACAUGGAUGUCGAAAACGAAAACUUCAGUGCACUAAACAUGACGAAAGAAAAUCUGAGCAGCCAAGAAGUAAUGAACCUUUACCUCUACCUCAAAAAGUUCGGCACAAAAUUUGAGAAAAACGGAAUAAACUACGAGUACUCCUUGUUAAGUAAAAGCAUGUUGAUGUCCGUGAACGAAGCUGCUGUUAACAAUAAGAAACUCAUUUUUAAAAGGAAGAAGAAGCACCCACCUAAUAUUUACAACAAUGAGUGUGUAAAUAUAUGUAGAGAUUAUCAGUACCCAUUUUACUCUCCUCCCACUUCGGAUCUCUCAACGGAUGACGAAAAAAGAGUGCCUGAAAAAGAUAUACAAAAGGAAGAAGUCAAAAGAAAGAAGAAAAAAAAAAACCACGACGAGGCUGUGAUGGGUACUUCCAUACAAAAUUUGAAUUACACCAAUGGAUAUGCUCAAAACGGGGUAACCCAUAUGGCCAUUAAGGCAGGUAAAAAUGAAGAGGGUCAAGCGAACGGAUUAGUGUAUAAAUGCAUCUCCAAUAGUACCAACGUGUUAGGAGAAAGAGUGACAGAUGGGAAGAACACCUCCGGGACGAGCAACAGUGAUCUUAAAAACGAUUAUGGACAUAAUAAUAACCUAAGAGUACCCAGCGUGAACUUUAAUUCGUCCAACGAAAAUAACAUUUCGAAUGACCUAAUCGCCAGGAACGACUCCGAAAUAUCGUUCUGUUCCUCGGCCAACUCGGAUCUGACAUACACCUCGGAAAGUACAGCUUACUACAUGUUCAACGCGGAGGAUCCAUUAGAAUCUGUGUACACGAACGAAAUAUAUGAUCAUAAGAAGAAGCGAAAAAAAAAGAAGAAAAAAAAAAAAAAAUGCCUACUUCACCGGAUACGAGAAUGGAUAAUAAUGUGGAUCCCUCGGCUGCUCCCCUGAAUGGCUCAUCUGAAGGGAACAACAAAAACAGGCAAUUAUCCCUGUUCGGGUGGCAGGCCAGGUCAGAACGUGAGAUCCAGGGUCAAAACGGGAGAACCUGGUCGCAGCCACGGGGGUGAUAGUAGCGGCGCAAGCAGUGGCAGUAGCAGUGCUAGCGGUUGUAGUAACAGCGAGGAGAGUGAAAAUCCUAAGGGCAGAGCAAACCCACCCAACGGGGAUCACGUCCGUGAUAACUUCAUAAAACAGGAGGAUCCCCACAGGAAUUACACCGGCGAGGUGUCACACGUAGGAGAGUCAAGCGGUGAACAAAUUAACAGAAACAGCAGCUGCAACAAGGCGGGAAAAAAAAAUUCAGACGGUAAGAUCCUCAUGAACGGUGAACAUAUGAGCGAUAGCAUUUAUUCCUAUCAUAAGAACAGAGGAGAGGGUGGUACACAUGGUGAGAACAUCGCAGCUGGGGCAGAAAAUGGAACUUGCGAGGACACUGACAAUGAUGAUGCCAGCGAGGCGCAGAUGAACGACAGGAGCAGGGCUCUGCUGAAGGAGAAUAUGAACAGCAUAAACAGCAUGAAUGUGAUGGGAUCGAACGAGAACGUGAUGGGGGAGGCGGCUAACGUGGUGGGUGAAGCGGCUAACAUGAUUGGGGUGCCGUCAAACGCGAUGGAGGUAUCGCCAAACGUGGGGGUCCCCAACCUGAUGGUUCCAAACGAUCGAGCAGGGAACGCCCAGAGCAGCGAACCAGUCAACGACAGCAUCAUCAGCAGCAAUGCCCCCCUGGACAGCGGCAGAAGCCAAGGGAACAGGAGAAGGAGAAAAAACAGAAGAGCCAAAAUUAUCAAAAAAUGUGGAGGACUGAAAGACAAGGAAGAACCCAUUUUGCCCUUUUAUGUCAUAUGUGACUAUCUAGAUUUUGUAGAGAGAAAAAUAUAUGUAAACAGAUUCCGAUUUAAAUUAUAUGACCCCAUUUAUCAGCUGGGGAAGUAUCGGAAUUGCGCGGGGGUUGUUCUAAAGAAGGAUUUAAAAAAAAGCUGUUUAAAUUACAUCGACUCGAAUUUCCUAUUUUUAAAAAAGGAGUUAUGCAAAAUCGAAUUGGACAUUGAUAUAAGAUGUCCAACCAAACAGAUCUUUAAGCAUGUCUGUUACAGAAUGAAUGUAGAUCCCACACAUGUGUUGAUUUUUCCAUACCCCCCUCUAAAUAGCCCUAUCAAUUUUAACCCGUACAAUAUUGAUUCCUUCACCUCUAAUUCCGAUUCGGAUGAAGAUAAUUAUCAAAAAAAUAGCAACUCGACAUAUGGACCCAUGCCAUUUGAAACGUUAAUAAAACAGCAUGCCAUAGCAUUAGAGCAUAACUCACUCACCGAACAGAAAACUUUUUGUUUGUCCCUUCUUCCAUUUCAUUACAAAUACUUCACGAGACUUUACCCAGAGGAUUCCCCCAAAUAUUUUCACUAUGUAGUUCACCUGUUCAACGCGAAUGUACAAUCUGUUGCGGCAUUUACAGGCCAUAUUAAGCUUAGGAAAAGCUUACCUAAUAAGCAUAAAGGGGAGGAGAAUUACUUCCAAGGAGAUGUAGAUUCCAGCAGUGAGGUCUCCGGAUCGUCCAACUCGGACAGGUCCAGUAGCACCAUGGCGAACAGACACUACUUGUCCAACAAUUACACAACUGUGCAAGAUUUAAUUGACAAAAUUAAGUUAGAAAUUAACCCCUACUUGAAAAAAAGAGGAAUAGAUGUCAAGCAAAAAUUUAGAUUACUUUUUACCUUCGGCCCCAAAAUUAAAUACCUGAGCCAUAAUGAACAGCUGAUACAAAUGGAUUUUGUCAAAACGAACCAUAUCAAAAAUGUGUAUGUCACUCCGUUGAGGAUGGAGCCUGAUUUUACCGACGAGCAGAAGCAUUUGAUAGAAACGGACCAGCUGAAGAUAAUUCACGUUUUCAACCAGACACCCUCGAAGGAAGUUUUCGGCUACAGUUUUGACGUCCUCGUGGAUCCGAAUGACAACAUGCUCGACAUCAAAAACAGGAUAAGAAAAAGGACCCUCCUGCCCAAGUACAUAUUCGACAAAAUCACCUUCUUCGAGUUUGAGAACGGGCAGAGGAUUUGGAGGUCCAAUGACGACACCAUUAAUUGGAAGAACAAGCAGUUCGCGAUCAUUAUAGGAGAACACCAUGCCCCAUCCCAGUCGAAGCCCCAAAUGGGAAUGAAAAUAGCAUAA